ACCAACCAAAAAAAAAAACCAACCCAAGCCCUCCUGUUUUUCCAAAGGAUCUGUCUCAGGAAUUUAAAGCACAUUUAAGACACACACACACUCACAUAACAUAAGGAGGGGGGGAAAGCCUCUUCCCCUCCCCUUCUUGCAGAAAGCAUGGAAGAAAGCUCCAGUUCUCCUGUUUCCCCUGUGGAUAGCUUGGGGACCAGUGAAGAGGAGCUGGAAAGGCAGCCAAAGAGAUUUGGCAGGAAGAGAAGAUACAGUAAGAAGUCCAGCGAAGAUGGCAGCCCCAACCCAGGGAAGAGGGGGAAAAAGUCCAGUCCCAGCUCCCAAUCUUAUGAAGAACUGCAGAGCCAGAGGAUCCUGGCCAAUGUCAGAGAGAGGCAGAGGACUCAGUCGCUCAAUGAAGCUUUUGCUGCCUUGAGGAAAAUCAUCCCCACUUUGCCCUCUGACAAACUCAGUAAAAUCCAGACCCUCAAGCUGGCGGCGCGGUAUAUAGACUUCCUCUACCAGGUGCUACAGAGCGACGAGAUGGACAGUAAGAUGACGAGCUGCAGUUACGUGGCUCACGAGAGGCUGAGUUAUGCCUUCUCCGUAUGGAGGAUGGAGGGAGCGUGGUCCAUGUCGGCCUCCCACUAGCCACCGCCCGGGCCGGGCGAGCCCAGCUGCCGAAGGGACUGUCCAGUGUCUGAGACUGAAGUGGAAUUGGGAUAUAUCCAAGUUUGUAGCUUCUGAAACCUUAACAACCUCAAGUAAACUGGUCCAAAAGACCCCUCUUGACCUCCCUCGCUCUGAACUCUUGCGGAGCACUUAGACUGAGCAGAAAGCAGCACCAAAGCUAACGGUCUGAAACUUUGCAACAUCUCUCCCCAAGCGACUGACCAAAGAGAAAAGAGAAGCAACAUUCCUGGUUGUUCGUUGUUGUUGGGUUUUGUGUCUGUCUGUCUGUGCGUUUGGUUUUAUUUCUAAUUUUUUUUUUUUUUUCUGAAAAAUCUUAAUUCAGGAAUACAUUUAUGAGAAAUCUUUGGGUUUGGAUUUUACUUCCCCUUAGCUGUAUUCUUUUUUGGUUUUUUGUUUUUUGUUUUUUUUUGUCUAUUUUUUAAAAUUCAAAACCUGAUUUCUUGUACAGUAAUGUCAAAACUGGACCAAGGCUCUCAGAAAAAAAAAGAAGAAAAAAGCCCACCGUGUCCCCAGCUCCCUGCAUGAUUUGUUUCAAGUACAGCCUGGAUUACAGACUGCCCUCCACACUCUACCACCUCUUCCUUAU